AUAAAGUUAGUUAUCUUGGAAAUUAGAAAGUUCUAACACAAAUGUACAAGAAUUUCAUCAGAAGUUUGAAGGAUAAAGUCUAUACAGUCUUUCAAAAAUGAGAACUAAAAGUUGAAAGAUGGCAAACAGAAGAGAAAAAAUGAUCCAGGAAGUGCAAUGUUCAAGUUUCAGAAAGAAAAACAGUGAAGAGGAAGAAACUAACAAGCUAAGAUCAUAAAAUUACAUCACCAUGAUUGCUCUGUGGACAGAGGGUGGAUGUAGGCUAGAGAACAUCCAACAAUAUCCAAGCGUCAGUUAUGAGUUCUGCACCAGAUUUACAAAAAUGAUGACCAUAACUUUGAUCUGGGGGAUUGUUAUAACAGUGUGCUGUUGCUUAUGGAUUAUUUUUGGAAUAAGGAGAAGGAAGACAGGUGAACCACCGCUGGAAAAUGGGUUGAUCCCAUAUCUUGGCUGUGCUCUGAAGUUUGGGGCCAAUCCUCUUGAGUUUCUCAGAGCAAAUCAAAGGAAACAUGGACAUGUUUUUACCUGUAAAUUAAUGGGAAAAUAUGUUCACUUCAUCACAAAUUCCUUAUCAUACCAUAAGGUGUUGUGCCAUGGGAAAUAUUUUGAUUGGAAAAAAUUUCACUACACUACUUCUGCAAAGGCAUUUGGACAUAGCAGCAUUGACCCAAAUGAUGGAAAUACCACUGAGAACAUCAAUGACACUUUCAUCAAAACCCUGCAGGGUGAUGCCUUGAAUUGUCUCUCAGAAGCCAUGAUGGAAAACCUCCAACUCGUCCUGAGACCUCCCAACUUUCCUAAAUCCAGGAGUGCUACCUGGGUAUCAGAAGGGAUGUACGCCUUCUGCUAUCGAGUGAUGUUUGAAGCUGGGUACUUAACUCUCUUUGGCAGAGAUCUUACAAAGACAGAAGCACAACGAGCCCAGAUCCUAAACGAUCUUGACAACUUCAAGGAAUUUGAUAGAGUCUUUCCGGCCUUGGUGGCAGGCCUCCCCAUUCAUGUGUUCAAGACAGCACACCAAGCCCGAGAAAAGCUGGCUGAGGACUUGAAGCACGAGACCCUCCGCACCAGGGACCAUGUGUCGGAACUGAUCCGCCUGCGCAUGUUUCUCAAUGAUACGCUGACCACCUUCGAUGACAUGGAGAAGGCCAAGACACAUCUUGCUGUCCUCUGGGCCUCACAGGCAAACACCAUUCCCGCCACUUUCUGGAGCUUGUUUCAUAUGAUUAGGAAUCCUGAAGCCAUGAAGGCAGCCUCAGAAGAAGUGAAUGAAGCAUUGAUGAAUGGUGGUCAAACACUCAGCUUUGAAGGCAACCUGAUUUCCUUAAAUCAAACGCAACUGAAUGACUUGCCAGUACUAGAUAGUAUCAUCAAGGAGGCUCUGCGGCUUUCCAGUGCCUCUCUAAACAUCCGGACAGCUAAGGAGGACUUCACUCUGCACCUUGAAGAUGGAUCCUACAACAUUCGAAAAGAUGACAUCAUAGCUCUUUAUCCACAGUUAAUGCAUUUAGAUCCAGAAAUCUACCCAGAUCCUCUGACUUUCAAAUACGAUCGAUAUCUUGAUGAAAACAGGAAGCCAAAGACCACCUUCUACAGCAAUGGAGUCAAGUUAAAGUAUUACUACAUGCCCUUUGGAUCUGGAGCAAUGAUAUGUCCUGGAAGAUUGUUUGCUGUUCAAGAAAUCAAGCAAUUUUUGAUUCUGAUGCUUUCAUAUUUUGAAUUGGAGCUUGUGGAGAGCCAUUACAAAUGUCCCCUUUUGGACCAGUCCCGUGCAGGCUUGGGCAUUUUACCACCAUUAAAUGAUGUUCAGUUUAAAUAUAAACUCAAACAAUUGCGAAGAUGUGCUUAGAAGAGGAUAGACAACAAUACAUUACUCAUGCAAGCGCUAUCUUUAGUCCCUUGAGACAAAUUCAAUUAGUGGUCAUAGGAAUGGUUUGGCAAGUCCAAUUCUGCUCACUAAUGCUUUCUCAUGAAUCUAACAUUUCAACGACAGUUUCCAGUUGCUAUCUCAGGCUAAUCCAGUGAGAACUAGUUUCUAGGAACACAAUAAUUAGUACUCACAUGUACAAGUCCGUAAGUGUUUAUAGCUAGGAAUUGGACUUCAUUACUUUUAGAGGAAAAUGCCUUUUUUCUUUUUCUCAAAAUGAAGAUCUUCCAACUGGCAUUAUUUUUCCUAAGGAAAUUGUUUUAUUUCUAUAAAAAAAUCAUUCAACAAUUACAGAAAAGAUUCAAAUUCACGUUUUAGUGAAAUGACAUUGUUUUUGGUGUGAAUAUAUACUACAGAAACAUUUUAGAAGAUUUUGGUAGAGGAAAUAUUUUUUGGCUUUUUUUCCUCUAUAUCCAAUAUUCAUGGUAUAAAAAUUACUAAAUUCUAUAGAUGCAUAUAGUAUACUUUGAACAACUUCACCCCCUUAUAUUGACAAUCUUCUUUUGCUCCCCUCUUUCUCAAAGUCUUUAGUAGUUUUCAUCAUGCUAUCCUUAUCUGUUUAUGUACUUAUCUAUGCAGCUACUAUCUAUCAUCUAUUUAUACACACAUGCAUAAAUGCGUGUAUAUACUUCUUUCCUACCUACCCUCUCUCUCCUUUCCCCUCCACAUUCCUGCUGAUGCUCCUCCAGUCAAGCCUUUCGAAAUGAUGGCCUUGUGGAUCUAAAAAUAGAGAAUGUAUUUUGAUUAUUUUUCCUUUGUAUUUUAAUUUGCUGUUGCAGGACAUUGUGUCAUGUCCAGUUUUAACUAUCUUACAUGUAUCUUUAUUCGGUUUCAUAUAAGUGAGAAGAGCCUAUUCAGAGAUUUCAAAGACACCUGUUCUGUCAUUACUACAGUUACUCAAUAUGUGUCAGUGAAAAUAAUGUAUAUGAAAACGACUAUUUAAAAGCUUUAGUUAUAAAACAUGCAGGGUUCAUUAAGUGCAGCUUGAAUUUAGGCAUUACCAAAAUAUAUUUUAUCUCAAUGAUAUAUAGUCAAGGAAAAA